AUGGUGCCUGUAGAGCUUCGACCAUUGGAGGACUUGGUGCCUUUGCUGCGCAUGUGGACCGCCUGUUUUCUGGCGCCUCAGGUGCCCUUCCUGCAUCAGCUGCUGGGAGCCAAGAGCGCCAGCCACCGAGUCUUCUCCGACUCGGAGGAUGACGCGGCGACCGCGGACGCCGCCGCGGAUGCGACCGCGGACGCUGCCGCGGACGCGACGGCGGACGAGUCAGCGGAGUCGGCGGAGUCAGCGGAGUCGGAUGGGAUGAGCCCUUCCUUGGACUCUUUGAACUUGCUACAGAAGGAGGCCGUGACGAAGAUCCUCUCAGGUGGCCUUCUACGUCGCUGCCAUUUGCUACAAGGCCCCCCGGGCACUGGAAAGACUCGCGCGGUGGUAGCACUUCUACAGCAGCUCUCGCUGCAACGUGCGGAUCUGGACAAUCGCAUCCUCGUGAGCGCUCCAUCCAACGGGGCGGUGCAGGUCGCUUUGGAACACUUCCUGAAGACCGAGGAAGCCCAGCGGACCUCCCUGUGUUUGGCUGGCGUGGACGAGCGCGUGCCUUCCGAGGGGCCCUUGCGGGCAGCCUUCAUCCACACCCGGAUGCAGUACACCUUAGCCUUGCUGCUGAAGUGUGAGAAGGACCCGACUGCCCUACCGGAAGCCGUUCAGGCGUUGGAGUCCUUACGCCAGAGCGCGCCCAGCGUCUACCGCCGCCUGCAGCUCCCCCCCUGGCGUUUGACGCCCACGGAGCUGCAGCAUGCCUGGGAGAAGAAGGUGGAGGGCAGCGAGAGCGAUAGUGAGGAGACCUCCACGACACGACGCUCGGCGCUCCGGAGCGCCGUGGAAGUUCCGUCGAGAUCCGGCUCCGCCGUGGAAGAAAAACAGAUGUGCUGGAUCGUUCUGGGGGAUCACCUGCAAGAGCGGCUCCGGGAGCUCGCGCGGCGCGAGCGCUGGGGCGAGGCGGACUUCGAGACGGAGCAGCGACUGAGAUCGGAAGCAGCGACUGGAGGGGGGUAG